UUUCCCGUCUGAACUGCCAAUCGAACUUCCGCAUAUCGAUGUCAAACAAACAAUAUUAAUCUUGCCUUUACUUCACAUCAUCAUAUCGGCCUUUCUCCGACCUUAUUAUAAAUUACACAACACUUAUCCUCCACACUUUAUCAUUUCCUCCUUCUUCCACUCUCACAAACAAUGUCUCCACGAGCCUCUUCAUCAACCCCAAGGACUCCAUCAUCAGCCAGUGCUCCAUAUCCACGACGAGCUGCUGGUCAACCAAAGUCUUCCAGGCAACAGUUCUCUGCUUGCGGUGCUUGCCGCAUGCGAAGAGUUCGAUGCGACUUGAAAGAUCUCCCCGUCACUCAGAUGUCCGGUGCUGCCCAGCAGCCCUCAUGCUCAAACUGCAAAGAACGUGGCAUCAAAUGCGUCGAUGAGUUUGCUGAAGUCAAAGCUGUAAAACUUCUAAGACGCGGACGUCGUCUACAACAAGUCGAGGCUGUCUACGGUAAAGUUACCGAUGACGAAUCGAAUACCUCUUCUGCGAUGCCCACAGGAUCAAACCCCACCAUCCCAACCACGCUCUCCGCGGGGAUCGCCGCAACGAGACAAACCACCAUUCCCCAGCUGAAGCUGGAAUUCCUUAGCUCAUCCUUCUUCCGCAGAUUCAGUAUCCAACGUCCUAUUAUCGAACCCACCGAAUUCACGUCAAGAUACUUUGCUCACAUUAAGGGCACUUCCACUCUCAGUAUCGAGGGUCAGAUGAUUGCGAUGUUACUUGUCACAUGGGCUGCCUCAUUUGGCGUAAAUGAGUACGGUGUCGAGGAAGAAGUAGAACCCCAUUCACCGACUAUGGCCGACGGGCCCAAGUUCUCCCCAGAUGACGAUGACGAAUUCUCCGAUCCUAGUCGUCGCGCUCGUGCUCUUCGUGUAGAGACAAUGAUCAGGGAGCUCCUAAAUCUCAUCGAUAUUCAUGCUCUGCUCCGACGCCCGACUUGGGAUGGUGUCAGGGUCCUCUUGCUCAUCCACCCAUUAACUCAGGGUAUCCAAAGUUCGAUGGACAGGGGUACUAUGUACGAGGCAACGCUUUCCCAAAUUUACUCUCUCUGUAGUUUGUCCGGUCCUCCCGUGACAAGUAGUGGCCAAGGACAUUAUUGCGAUGCACUUGUCCGAGCCAGAGUUUUCUGGUACGCUUACGUACACGAAGGUGUCCGCACUGCCUUGCGCGGUGGUCGACUAUAUCUUGACGAGGAUGACCUUGUUGCGUUCCAAAGCUCGCUCCCCCCUCAAUACUGUGCAUCUGCAUCUAGCAGCGCUCCUUCCUCCGCGUCUGUUUCGUCGCACUCCUCCCCCGCUGCCACUUCUCCAGUGCUGUCCGAUUUCCCUGUCAAUUCCUUGCAAGACCCUCGUGGCCACUCCCGCGCAUCGCUUUCUUACCUUCUCUCUUCCCAUUAUUUUUCGCUUGCCCUUGCCGUGUCCGGUGUAUGUCGUGCCGUCCACGCAGUGCUUACUGGCCCUCGUGCGCGUCGUCGCACCGAUGCCGGUGUUGCCAUCCGCGAAGACUCCCUCGUGGAAAUUUGGGAUGGCCUAGAGCGAUGCUGGGAGGAUUUCGAGUCUCUCCGUCGUGGAGCAGGCGGUAUCGGAACUGUGGGUGGCGGCCUUGUUCGUGGAGAGGACGUCGAGCGUUUCGUUAGCGGAUGGCAAGUGUUCAUCUUUGAGUGCUUGAACAUCAUCCGGGAAGCCUUGAAACAGCGCAUCGUUAUGCAGACCAAGGGCAGCCCCGACUCACACGGUCACUCCCCUCCUGCCGACCGUGCCCUUUGCCGCCUGCAUAACCAGGCUACUCGCCGGUGCCGCCUCUUCCUUCCCCGCGUCAUCGCUAUCUUGAAGCGGCACCUUGCUGUGCCCUCCAGCGGUUUCUUCGCUCAUGAUGCUGGCCUCAUCCGAGACGGAUGCUUCUUUGCUGCGUUCCUGCUUGCCCAAGGUGACAUUGAUCAGGACGCAGACAGUGAUUUGAAAGGCGACGAUGGACUAGCUUGGGACGUCGACGCCGAAGACGGUGUUGACGUGUGUCUCCGCGCGCUGGGAGAGAUUGGCUGGAUCUACGCCAAUAGUCAGGAGCGAGAGAAGACUGUUCGCAUGGUUUGGGAGGCACGGGUCAUCCGCGAUGAUGAGCGCCGUCGAGAACGCAACCGUCAGCGUGAUUAUCUUGAGGAUAAACGUGCUCAGGCUUAUCACUCUGGACAACGUUCGCAGGACCAUUCUCCUUAUAUGAUUAACAAACCGACGUUGCCGACGCCCGUCCGCGGUCAGGGACCGACGCCCCGUUCGCUCUCGCUUGUCUCGGCCGCUGGACAGUCUCGUCCUCAUCUCCCGCCGCUGUCACUCGCGUUCUCUCCGGUCGAGAGUGCGCCCAACACUGCCGUCACGGAUGAUGGUAGUGGCAGCUGGAGCACUUAUACACCACCUACGACGUCGGGUUCGAUGACGAGUAACGCCACCACGAACCGCAGCGUCUCGCCACCCGAUUCUUCUCCCCACACACUGUCAUCACUAAAACAUCUCCCUCCUAUCCAGCACACGCUGAAAACGGAGAAUGAUUCAUUCUACAACGGGGUGACUGAUAUGGAUCCAUUCUCAUUUUCUGUCGACAGCACGAGCGGCCCCGGCGUUGUGGGUGGUGCUCAUGCAUGGUCAUCGCAGUACCAACAUCAGGUUGGCCCUGGGAGUGGCUAUCUCGACCCCAGUGUGAUCUUCACUGGACCAGACUGUCAAACGUUCUAUCAUUAAACCAUCGAUAUGAUAUGUACGUUCUAUCAUUGCGUCGCAUGUUAUCGCAUCGUCAUCUUGAUUCAUUAUUUCUAAGUUCUGAUCACAAUGGAACUACUUUCAGGCAUCCAUCAUCUUCACGUUCAUUUCAUAGCCAUAUAUUACCGCUUUAUCAUUUGACUGGAUAGAUUCUUGCAUUGUAUUAGAUUUUUGUUUAUACCCCAACUUGCGUACGUAGUGACUCUUUCACAGUAAUAUUGCCACAACAUUCAUUAUCAUAGAUGUAUAUUAUCAUUAUGCACUGGCC